CUGCCUGUGGCCAGACCCGCCUCUUGUCCCCUCUCGGGCGCACACACACGUCCACCCAGACACUCCGCGCGCUCCCUCGCGCUCUCGCUCGCCCGCCCGCCGCCGCCUGCUCUCUCCCUCCUGCUCUCGCCGGUCGCCUUCUCCUUUUUUUUUUUUUUUUUUUUUUUUUUUGGUACCAUAGAGUUGCUCUGAAAACAGAAGAUAGAGGGAGUCUCGGAGCUCGCCAUCUCCAGCGAUCUCUACAUUGGGAAAAAACAUGGAGUCAGCUCCGGCAGCCCCCGACCCCGCCGCCAGCGAGCCAGGCAGCAGCGGCGCGGACGCGGCCGCCGGCUCCAGGGAGACCCCGCUGAACCAGGAAUCCGCCCGCAAGAGCGAGCCGCCUGCCCCGGUGCGCAGACAGAGCUAUUCCAGCACCAGCAGAGGUAUCUCAGUAACGAAGAAGACACAUACAUCUCAAAUUGAAAUUAUUCCAUGCAAGAUCUGUGGAGACAAAUCAUCAGGAAUCCAUUAUGGUGUCAUUACAUGUGAAGGCUGCAAGGGCUUUUUCAGGAGAAGUCAGCAAAGCAAUGCCACCUACUCCUGUCCUCGUCAGAAGAAUUGUUUGAUUGAUCGAACCAGUAGAAACCGCUGCCAACACUGUCGAUUACAGAAAUGCCUUGCCGUAGGGAUGUCUCGAGAUGCUGUAAAAUUUGGCCGAAUGUCAAAAAAGCAGAGAGACAGCUUGUAUGCAGAAGUACAGAAACACCGGAUGCAGCAGCAGCAGCGCGACCACCAGCAGCAGCCUGGAGAGGCUGAGCCGCUGACGCCCACCUACAACAUCUCGGCCAACGGGCUGACGGAACUUCACGACGACCUCAGUAACUACAUUGACGGGCACACCCCUGAGGGGAGUAAGGCAGACUCCGCCGUCAGCAGCUUCUACCUGGACAUACAGCCUUCCCCAGACCAGUCAGGUCUUGAUAUCAAUGGAAUCAAACCAGAACCAAUAUGUGACUACACACCAGCAUCAGGCUUCUUUCCCUACUGUUCGUUCACCAACGGCGAGACUUCCCCAACUGUGUCCAUGGCAGAAUUAGAACACCUUGCACAGAAUAUAUCUAAAUCGCAUCUGGAAACCUGCCAAUACUUGAGAGAAGAGCUCCAGCAGAUAACGUGGCAGACCUUUUUACAGGAAGAAAUUGAGAACUAUCAAAACAAGCAGCGGGAGGUGAUGUGGCAAUUGUGUGCCAUCAAAAUUACAGAAGCUAUACAGUAUGUGGUGGAGUUUGCCAAACGCAUUGAUGGAUUUAUGGAACUGUGUCAAAAUGAUCAAAUUGUGCUUCUAAAAGCAGGUUCUCUAGAGGUGGUGUUUAUCAGAAUGUGCCGUGCCUUUGACUCUCAGAACAACACCGUGUACUUUGAUGGGAAGUAUGCCAGCCCUGACGUCUUCAAAUCCUUAGGUUGUGAAGACUUUAUUAGCUUUGUGUUUGAAUUUGGAAAGAGUUUAUGUUCUAUGCACCUGACUGAAGAUGAAAUUGCAUUAUUUUCUGCAUUUGUACUGAUGUCAGCAGAUCGCUCAUGGCUGCAAGAAAAGGUAAAAAUUGAAAAACUGCAACAGAAAAUUCAGCUAGCUCUUCAACACGUCCUACAGAAGAAUCACCGAGAAGAUGGAAUACUAACAAAGUUAAUAUGCAAGGUGUCUACAUUAAGAGCCUUAUGUGGACGACAUACAGAAAAGCUAAUGGCAUUUAAAGCAAUAUACCCAGACAUUGUGCGACUUCAUUUUCCUCCAUUAUACAAGGAGUUGUUCACUUCAGAAUUUGAGCCAGCAAUGCAAAUUGAUGGGUAAAUGUUAUCACCUAAGCACUUCUAGAAUGUCUGAAGUACAGACAUGAAAAACAAACAAAAAAAUUAACCGAGACACUUUAUAUGGCCCUGCACAGACCUGGAGCGCCACACACUGCACAUCUUUUGGUGAUCGGGGUCAGGCAAAGGAGGGGAAACAAUGAAAACAAAUAAAAGUUGAACUUGUUUUUCUCAUGCAUAUGAUUUCCAUUAUGCCUACAGAUAUGGACCCUUUUUCUGUCUUGACUUCUUGAUCAUUGACCUCUGUUUACAACAGAAGGAGGGUACUAAAGUCGGAGGAUUUCCUUUUCUUGUAGCUCACUGCCCACAGACUUUCUACAGAGUCACCAAUCUGUCAGUAACAACAGAGAGUCCAGCAAUAAUCGGUGACUGGUGUGCAUAGCGGAGGUUGCGGCAUUACUUUGCACAACUAGUUCUUUGUUUCAUGAAGGAAGUUUUUAUUUUUUCACCGAUUAUUGCCAGUCCGCAGGAUGGCAUGAAAAGGGUCCAUAGCAGUAGCAACAAUAGCAUUAUAAUAUAUUACAGGGUAAAUGGGCAUGAAGACUAUAUAUAGCUAAAAGAGAUAUUGUUUAUAUAUUGUUUUAAGUAAUAUAAAAUGUAGUUACUGGUGUAGCUUUUCCUGUUGAAUUGAUAAGGCACUUUCAUUUUGCACCUUUUUCUUUAAAUUAAAUGCUAGCGUGUUCACUGUCGUGUCGCAUGUGCACCAGAAACACAAGUUUAACUGAGAAGGCUUGGAAGGUACGUUGGGAGGUAUUUAUGCUGCUGUUUACAAAAUUACUUUUAAGAAACUGGCUGGUCAUAUCUAGAAAUCACCACGUUGGAUUUUUUUUUUUUUAACAUGUGAAUUUGGAAUUAGAAACGGAACUCUCCCUAAAUUAUACUUUGCUUUUUGGUAAGUUUAAUGAUAGAUGUGUUUAUGCUUCAUACAAAGUUGAAUGAUUGGCGUGGUGGACAUAUACCAUCAUGCUCAUUUUUUUUUUUUUUUAAAGCUUUUUAAAAUGCCACCUCAUGGAGGCUAGGGGGAGGAGAAGCUCAUUUUACACAAUUCAGUAGUUAAAUAUGGACUCGGUCUCAACUUGGAAUUCUUAUGCUUUGAGAACAAAUCAAUAACCAGAAUAUUUAUUGGAAUCUAGCUUUUAUUAUAAGAAGGACCCAAAGAUUAUAUCUUGAGCAAAUGCACACUCCCCAUGUGAGGACAUGAAGCAUUUACUUUGUGAAUGUUUAUGUUCUUGGUAUAAUCUAGGAACCCUAUGAGUUUAUCUCAGAGUGAACUAAUUCUAGAUUUGUUGUCAAUAGAUGCUAUAAUUCAAGAAUGUUGCUCUCCAUAUUUGAAAAACGAUGGAUAGGAGGGUGAGGGAAGCAUACAAUGUUGAACCAGUUUCUCUUAUUUAAAUAUUAAAUACUUUAAGCCUUUAAAGUGAAGUUGAUGCUAGCUGCAAACAUUUACUCUUGUAUUUAUCUUCACUAGGAAACUGUGGACUGUAAUUUAUUUUAUUAAAUAUUUAGAAGAUUAUUUGGCUUGUGUGUUCAGGUGAGAAAUACUGAGUUGUUUUUGUUUAAUUUCAUGGUUUUUUUUUUUUAAUAAUCCCUAGUGGGUGAAGGGGAAAGGAAUAGUCUGAUAAACAGAUGUGCAUAUUUUAAAAACAAGUGACCUUUUGGGAAUGUAGGCAUUUAGACGAUGAUUUUAGUCGCACUAGGGGUGGGAUUCAAACUACUGGUCAAAGACCAUUUUGUACAGAAAAGGGAACAUCUCCGAUGGGUGUUAAGGUAGGAGUUUCCAUGCAGCCCUUUAUGUCUGAGAAAUAGUCUCCUCUGCCAUUGGGGUCCCUGCGGAAUCUUCUACAGGAAUUGCAGCUCUUCACGUCAUGCUAGGUUACCAGCAUGGGCUUCCCAGAGCACUUCACUCUGUUUCUAACUCCACUGACUUUUCUGACUUGUUUCUUGAGGGACUUGGAAAAGGGGAAGGUAUUAUUCACACAGAUGUGUGUAUGAAGCCUAAAUAACAUCCAACUUUUUUUCCAAAAACAUAGUAAGAGUUUAACCAUAACUAGAAGAGUAAUAUUCCUUUAAAUUUCUUACAGGCGUGUAAAAUUUUAUGUGUUUAUAGAGAGAUGCUAACUGUCGGCAUAUAGUAUUUAUAUUGGGGCAAGAAGGGUUAAAUCAAAUCUUUAAUUUAAGUAAGCAUAGUUCCUUUAAAGAUCAAUAGUAUUUAUACUCUGAAAAGAGUACCAAGCUUAGUUCAGUUAUUUAUUCAUCCAUUUUUUUUCUAUUGUUUCUCCUCUGGGGGGAAAUGGUGUUUUGUUUUUGUUUGAGUUUUGUGUUUUAGUUUUUUGGUUUUGGUUUUUUUUUUUUUUUUGUCAUUCAGAUUCACUAAAUUUGGGGAUGGUUUUAUUAAAGUAUAUUAACUUCUUUUUAACCAAAGCUUUCUGAAUAUGACCAGCCUCAGGUGCUAGCGCAUUAAAGAGCAACUAAACCUAAUUCCAGUGUCGAUUUGUGAAAUAAUAAAAGCUAAUUGAAUUUCUCUAAGGGUGAGAGAGAACAUAAUGAUGAACUUAAAAAGAAAUUCCUUUUCCCAGAAGGGAUUCUGCAUGUACCUACAAACAAUCAUGCUCUAACCACAGUAAUAGUCAUGCCAUGGUGACAUUGCUUUUACGGUAAACCAAGAUAGGUAAUAUGAUGCUUCUUCCCAGGUGUUUCUGAAAGAAAAGCAGCGGUGGAGCUUAAGAGCCAAGUCCACUGAUUGACAUAAUAGGAUGGAAUUGUAGACAGAGACAUGCUCCAUGAAACAAGGAAACAACUGACUACUAUUUGGAUCUAAGUUGGGAUCUGAUGUUAAACAAUAAAUUCAGUUUAAAAAAAAUAUGGAGCUCAGAAAAGGAUGUGAAAAACUUUGCAUUUUCCUUUCUUCAUUAUUAUAAAAACAUCUAUGUGAUGACAUAAAAUACUUGGGUGAUAUCAGAACAAUUAUCCUUAAUAGUUUUUAUAAUUAAAGUUUCCUAAACUUCAAUCUCCAAUAGUCUUUUAAGGAUUGGAACCACAUCACUGUCAGCCCCGCUGCUACAAUGCCUUUAUACAAUUUUUUUACAUAAGGCAAAUAAGGCUUUUGUACAAAGCCUGAAUACCUUCUGUUCCAAUGGUGUCCAAAUGGUUAUUAUAUUGUGAAAAAUCUGGCCUUGCUCACAAUGCAAACAAAAGUACAGAUGAAAGUGCUUUUUGGACAGUUUGCAAAUUGUGUUAAAGCUACGGAUUUUUUUUAAAGUGUUCAGCAUCUUAACGUGUAUUAAAGCUAUGGAUUUUUUUUAAAGUCUUCAGCAUCCUAAUUCACCCUUUCUAACUUAAGAAAAACAUGACUUAAGACACUGCUUCUAAGUUUGGUUGUUCUUUAUAGUGUGGAUACCCAGUUAUCUGUGAGCGUAUGGGGGUGGGCUGAGGGUCAGGUGAGGAAGGAGUGUGUGUGUGUGUGUGUGUGUGUGUGUGUGUGAUUUGCAUGUGUAUGAUGUGUGUGCGUCGGACCGCUUCUAGGCUAUUAAGUGUCAAUGGAAAAGAAAAUGUAUUCAAAAUACUUAAAUCAAAACUAGAAGAUGGGGAAAAAAAGAUUUAUUCUAUACAAAGCCUUGUCUGGACCACUUUAGAGAGACUUCUAUUUUUUUAACCCUUCUAUAAAUAUUUGAUGGCACUUGAAAUAUUCCUGCAAUAAAAUGUGAUUUGUGUAAAGAAAAAAAGAUUUUGUAAUGUGAAACAAAGAAAGAAAGUAAUGUAAUUUUCUAAAAAAAAAAAUACAAACAAACUUUGUAUUAUUUUCUUGAUGGAAUUUGUCUAUCUGUCUUUGGAAAACUUUUUAUUUCAUUGAAUGUGCCAUAGUAGAAAUGUGUGUUUUUAGUUUUAGACUAAGGAAUAGCUAGUUGUUGUGUUCCGACAUUCCAAAAUGCAAAACAACCUAGUAGUAUCUUUCAUGAAAAGGUUUAAGUAGUAUGUAAGCUUCUCUCAUUGUUGCUUUUUUGCACAUGUUCUUCAUUCCUCUCUAGUGCAAUAUGUACAUAGAGCACUUGCGGGUGUACCUUGAUCCCUCAGGGAAAAAUACAUAUUUGUACAGUUUUUUGGGGUUUUUUUGUUUUUUGGUUUUUUUUGUUUUGCCUUUUGUUUUUGGCUAAGGAAUGUCGAUCGAAUCACUUGUUAUUGUUGAGGGGCAGCCAGAUAAUAAUCCUAAAGCCACUGUUUCCAACAUUGAUUGUUUAAAUCAUAUGUCCUUCCAAUGCUAUUAUUUUAAGAUAAUAAUAAAAAGUUAUUUUCUAA